GGAACUGUGGGACAGGGUGCCUCAGGAUGCUGCUUUAUAUACAUGAGGAAAAACCCCCCAGGGACUGGUAAUGGACCCCUGAAUGAUGUCAUGGUCCAGACAGAGUCUGGUUUCUAUCUAGAAAAGGUCCGGCAUCAGAGUCCAGCCUGA